AUGACUUCACAGGAUAUGCCAAUUGUUUUGGUCAACCCCGCUGAGAAUCAGCUCCUAUCUACGACAGCCUCCCUGGACAACGUCUACAGAUUUGUAAGGACCCUACCUUCGCCUCUAACGGACCUGUUCUCAACAGAUAUGCUUUUACGACUUUUUCAAGAGGACGAGAGUAUUCGGACUGUUCUACUAGAAAUUGGUGACGCUUAUGUCAACAAUGGCGGACGGCAAGUGCAGAGCCAACAGGGAAGCAUGCUUUUAGACACCAAGCAACGUGAGCUAUAUGCCACAAUCCAAAUACGCCUGAAUAAGCCUGAUCCUCUUUUGGACUCGUCUCUAUUGCUUUUGGCUGUUCUUUUCUGCCUCUUGCAGCUGAUGACCACACGGAGCAGCAAUACCUCCUUGCAAAUCGUCGACCAAGUGAAUUCUUCUAUUGUGCAGCGUCGCGGUCCCCAUGGAUUUUCAACAAAGUUUGACAACUCUACUCUCUUACUGUUUCGACUGCUUGAAGGAGUGGGAAAUCUAAUACGUGAUCAAGACACAUCAUUUGCAGAUGCGAAAUGGUGUAAAACAAUAGAUCAUCAAAGACUAAGCGAGCUUCCUAUCACCAGGGAGCCUAACACGUUUCUCUUCGAGUGUAUAUUAGCCUUCAUUUCAUCUUUAGCCGAGAUCAAUGUCCAGUCUAUCGAAUGGCUUGAUCUAGAGACUUCCUUUGCUCACACGGUUGGAACUCGCCUCAAUACGAUGAACCACAUCAACUCUAUUUGUAAUGAGGAUUCCACUUAUACCAUACACCUCGCAGCAGGACAGAGUAUUGUACAGCAAGCCUCAGAGCUAUUGGAGUCCCUGCAACGGUUUGAAGAUUUUGUAGUAGGCUUCAAGUCCGUCGAUGACACAUGCUAUGAUAUGUUUAUGGCCUAUUCUUUAUGCUUAAGAGUAGGCACACUUCGACUGUUUGCUGAUGCCCUCUGGCAGAAUGCUCCUUUUUCUAGAGAGGGGUUGAAGGAAUGGAACGUUCAAGCUUAUGCACACUCUGGUCUGAAUCAUGUGGAAAAUAGGCUGCAACAUGCCGGGCUCGAGGCUGUCUUUUAUAUCCAGCAUCUCGUACUUGUUGGAAUUGAGGUGGCAGAUCUAGCGAGUAGAGACAGGGUCAUGUCAUUGUUGAAGAAGAUUAGAAGCCGAGGGUUUGUUUUUGCAGAGGUUUAUAUUGCAGACUUACAACUAGCUUGGACGGCUGUUCCGGCCAUUGAGAAUUGCGGUACGUCAGAGUAA